CCCGCCUUUUAUAUGCGCUGCGCUACUGUGUGACAUGCUUUUCCAGAUUAAUUCUGACUUCGUAUCUGAAUCUUUUAAGACUGCCUUUCGCGAUUGUUACUGUGAGAAGUACGCUCAAGAAUUCGUCACAAAUGAAAGUUUACUGAGACAUAUCCCUUUUACCUUUGCAAAGUUCAACAACUUCGUGCAGUUUAGACAGGAGGUGGCAGAAACUAUGGACACGAAACAGUUGAUUCAAUUAGUAGAGGAGGAAGUUGAACAGCUACCUUUUGCACGAAGAGGAAACGAUCUUUUUGCGUUCUCUCAAAGUUGUGAUGUUAUAAAUUUGUGUCCAAACGAGAAUUCUUCUAAUACUUCCAAGUUUCCUUUACUUGUAAGCUUCAGGUAAGUACAUCAAAUGUUUUAUAUUCACCAAACAUUUUUUGUGUAUUGUUGUUCAUAACCCUGAAAUUCGGUACAUCAGAGAAUGUCAAGAACAAAGCCCAUGCAUUAAACGAAUCAAUCCACAUAAGUAAUAUUUAUUGAAAGACAUGCUGCAAAUCGGAUAAUGAUCAACGUAGAUCCAUAUAGAAAGCCACAACGAAAUCUCGACUGGCUUCCAUUCUGAGCCACGUCUCAACGUUCACAGCUUUGGUUGCAUUGUUUUUCAGAACACCCAACGAGACAAGAUUCAUGUACAACUACGUUCCAUUCUACAGCAUUGUCAUAACUAGAUGAUCGGUCUUGAGCUGUUAUGAUUUCCCUUACUACAACCGAGCUACUCUUAUUGCUUCGUAUUCUUGAACUCGAAAAGUCACAAAAUCAGAACACGGUUGAACUGGGACGUAAUUAUAUUCCGAAUAACAUGGGUGGAUGGAAGCGGGAAUCACAAUAUGAAAAACGUUAGUUUUUUUAUAAUUUUUACAUAAGAAGAUUCUUGAGUCUUCUCCAAAUAUCCGGUAGCACUGAUUGGUUGUGAAGUAUCAAUUCGAUAUGCCCCAACUCAAUCCUACACGGAACAUGCUUUAAUCUAAUCUAUACUCUGCUAACACGAGGUGAUGCUACUACCUCUUUGCUCUUAUUCGAAGUAAGUAGAGUAUAUUCAGAAACCUUAACUUAGUAACCUGCAGGUGAUCGGCAUGUCAUAAACUGGCCACCACUCCACUUUCCCCAUUUAUCUUAAUAUUUUGUAACACAUUGCGAAAAAUUGUCACCUGGAUUUUCAAAACGCACGUCUCUCCAGGUAUUAGAUCCACACCGAUUUCUUUCUCCAUACAUAUUUCUAUGAUGUCGGGAUUAAGUAGCCCUGUCUAACCCAACCGAAUUAUAAAAAUAAAGUGGUGUAUCCUCCCAUAACUUGAGGUAAUCCAUUUACUGGCAGAGAGAACAGUCCUAUCCAAUGAAUUACUUAAAACCCUUAUAGGAAAAAACGACAAAGAUUGGCUAUUUCGUUCUCAGUCAGUCUUUCAUGCUUUUAGCUCAAUCUCUGGAGUAUUAUAAUAAACAAAAUUUUGUUUGCAGUAGGUAUCUGUUUUAUACUCUGACAGUCAUUAUAUGGACUCGUCAGCUGGAUGUACCUGCAUCUCAGAGUUGAUGUUCACUCUGGGACUCGAACUCAGUACCGUUCGCUUCAAACGCCAUUGUGUUAUCCACUUAGCUACUGAGUCCUGAUAGCCACUUGCUUGUUCAGUGGGGUAAAGUUUAAUUCGCUUGAUAUUGUUUUACUUGAUUCUUCCCAUUGAUGUUUUAGGACUGAAAUUGAUCAGUCUCUUAUUGGCAUAUGUGCAUACUGUGCGUAUGCCUCGAUAUUGCUUUAAUUUACAAGCAUUUUUAGCAAACAGGACGAAACGCGCGUCCUGGAUUCCACCGCUAGCCACUAUCCAUCUGAUUCGAUGACCGCGUUAUGGAAGAGCUAUCCGUAACUUCGAUAUCCAUCGAAAAUUCUACCCAAACAUAUCUUAAGUAAAACUAUAAUGAAAUUGCCAACAACGCCGAAAAAAGUUUCCUUCUUGAAAUCUUAGACCAUAUAUUACAGUAAAAUCUUGGCACGUCGUCUAAAAACUUGGAGAAUAAUAUUCAAUGUUACAAGAUUAGUUUCUUCGCUUUCUAACUAUUGAAUAUUGAUUUCACAAAAUCAGGAUAAGUCGUCGGAUUCUGUCACUCUGAUGUGUGUUUACCCAUUCAAAUGCUUGUAGAGAGCCCGUUACAUUGGACGUAAAACCAUCCUUUGCAAAGGAUAAAGAAUUAUAAGAAACUCCCUCCUUACAUGCUGAGUCGAUAUGGGCUAUCAUAUCAGUAUGGAUAUGAUAUUCAAUCUAAUCCCAUCCAACUUACUCUACUGCUCUAAGUAUUUCCUCUUAAACACAUCUCAAUAAAUAAAGAUACACUUGAGUAGAUCUAAUCUUUAGAUCCACAAAAAAGUUUUAUAUGUUCUCCCUAUUUAACCUAUCUAAAUAAUUUCUAAUUUACCCUUUCAUUUUUUAUCUUUUGCCAUGUGAUUAUAUCUAGUUAUUAACUAAUUAUGAUUUCGAACUUGACGUUAUAAUUCAAAUACGGUUUAGUGCUUUAAAUGUGCUUCAAGUGGUCUAUCAUUUUUCUAAAAAAACGUGAUAUAUUAGUUAUUAGUCCCUAUGUGAAUGAAUUCUGUGUUGGUCAAUGAUGUAUAUCCACUGUUGACACUAUGUUAUUGAUGUUAACGAGUUCCUCGGAAUUCCAAAAUUAAAAAAGAUCACUCAGUAUUUUCUUGUUGUUGUUGUUGUCAAUAUAUAUAUUCUUUAUUUAGAACAUUUUUGCUGAACUGUGUUCUUCCUUGGUUGAAAGACAUAACUGGUAUUCCACUUUAUGAAAAUAAAGUUGAUUUAACUUCUUCACUUUACAAACAUGGAGAUUAUCUUCUCUGCCAUGAUGAUAAACUGGACGGUCGUCGAGUGGCGUUUAUUUGGUAUCUAGUUCCGGAUAGUUGGGACAGUCAAAUAGAUGGAGGCGAACUACAGUUGUUUGAAAGUCAGCCAAUCACCGAUGACGGUAAUGACGAAAAUUUUUUUCCAACUAAAAUUUCCACAACGAUACCUCCUAAACGCAAUAUGUUCAUGUUUUUUGAAGUAUCACCUCGAUCAUUUCACCAGGUUGCAGAAGUAUUUGGUCAUUCUAAGCGUUUAUCAUUACAUGGAUGGUUUCAUGGGCCAAGUCUAUGGACUGUAGAUAAUAAUAUAAUGCCAUCCGUUGAGAAAAUUUCUCCUAUACACAUAGAGGAAGAACUAGUUUAUCAAUGGAUUAAUCCAGUCUAUUUUGAUACGGAACAACUAAGCAAGAUUCGACGAAAAUUUUGUCGGUCAUCAGAGAUUCAGUUAACUAACUUUAUAAAAGUAAGUUCUACUAAGAUAUAUGAAACGUGCUCUUUGUAGGAUGGGACAAGAUAUGACUUGAUUUGUGAGUAUGAAUAUUAGAGAAACUGUCGAGUAUAACUACUCUCUAUUAAUUUUGCUAAUAUACUCAGUUGUAUUAUUCAUAAUAGGUUAGGAGAAAUCAGUCUCUAAAAUAUAUUGAAAUCAUUUAAAAGGGAAUAAUAUUUUCAAUAAUGAUUAUUAGAUCACUUCAACGAGCUCCACCAAUAUAAUACUUGAAUCGUAUAUAAAGUGGUCUGUGUCUGCUGCUUUGAUACCCGGUGGUUCAAGUGUGGCUGGUUUAUUCAAGUGCUCUACCUAGCUAUUCCACUAUUCUCGAAAGUCGAUGGUUGACUCUCGUUCUUUAUUCGUGACUGGUCACUUUACUAUACUACAUUUCUCCACAAGCCUGUUGGUUGUAGUAUAUAGUUCUCGUAUUUCAUUCUCUUGAGACUUGUUCUGUUGUAGUUUUUAGGUUUUCCAGUGCUCUUGUUCAUUCAUUUAUUUGCUUCUGUAUAUAGGUCUUGUUGAUUGCUGUUUUCCUGUUUAUCCUUUCUUCAAUAUUGCUCAAAGUGUCUACAAAGAUCCAUCAUUUAUCCUGGUCUUUAACUUUUCUUCUUACUGUAGUUUUUUUAAUACAUUUCACUGUUGGUUUAUUUCUUCGACUAAUUAGCUGCAUAUCUGUUGGGAUAUUCAGGAAAAUAUCCCAAAAAUUAUCCUGUUAAGCCUAAUGCUAUCCUUGGACAUGAAAUGGUAUCAUCUU